AACUGGUGAAAAGACAGAUAUUAUGGUCCUCAAAUCGAUCCUCAAAACAUGAAAAUUGCACGUGAGAAUCAUAUAUCAGAAUCUGACUCACACGUUUGGAAGCAAGAAAACUACGUCGAACAUUCCAAUUGCUGGAACUUCUCCUCCACUUAUUGCAUCCUAAGUUAUCCUCUAAGUAUCUCAGUUCCGGUAUGCCCUAAUUUUCUUCAUCUGCUAAGAAAUGGAAUUUCAAACGCAAAAAUAAGUAUAUAACCCACCAAAUUCGCAGAGAUCAUCGUACUCCAUGUCCUCUCUGAAACUCCCAGUGUCUUUAGAUAACAGCUCGUACGAGUCGAAGAAAAGGUUUGAUGUCAAAUCAUUGAGACUCCAUUCUAUUUGUUCAUUUUCUGGUUAUGUAAAUAUACACGGUGCAUUUUUUGUAAAUCCCAUUUGUAAACUGAAGCACGUUAGAGUUUCUAGAAUUGACACUGAAUGUCAUGAAACCUCUGAGGAAAAUUUGGUCAAUUUCUCGACCCUGGAUAAAGAUGUGGCUAGUGAUCGUGAUUUAGGUCUAGAAAGCCAGGAUUUUUAUGGGGGUUUUCAGAAAGGAAGAGUGAAUGUUUGCAAAACAUCCCGGGGUGCAAAGACAGUGAAGAAAAAUACUGAAUUGAGGGCGAAUUUUCGAAAAAAUGUGAAAAAAAAUGAGAAGGAAGAAAAGCCCAUGAUUGGUAAAAAUUUGGUAGAUUUUGAUGUUAGUAGUCUUGGGCACGAGUUGAGCUCCGAGCGUUGUAAUGUACUCUUGAAACAGUUUGAGAAAGGAAGUGAUAACAAAGCGUUGAGUUUUUUCAAAUGGAUGAGAAGUAAUGGGAAGUUGACGCAGAAUGUGAUUGCCUACAAUUUGAUUUUGAGAGUUUUAGGUAGGACAGAGGAUUGGGAUGGAGCGGAAGCUAUGAUUAAAGAGAUGGUUAGUGACUCGUCGUGUGAGCUUAAUUGUCAGGUUUUUAAUACCCUUAUUUAUGUUUGCUAUAAGAGGGGACUAGUGGAGUUAGGUGCAAGAUGGUUUAGGAUGAUGUUGGAAAAUGGGGUUCGUCCUAAUGUUGCUACUUUUGGAAUGCUCAUGAGUCUUUAUCGGAAGGGUUGGGUUGUUGAGGAAGCAGAAUUUACAUUUUCUGAGAUGCGGAAUCUGAAAAUUACCUGUGAGUCGGCUUAUUCAGCCAUGAUUACAAUUUAUACACGAAUGGGUUUGUAUGAAAAAGCUGAAAAUGUAAUUGACUUUCUGAGAGAAGAUUCAGUUGUUUUGAAUCUGGAGAACUGGUUGGUUCUGCUUAAUGCUUACUGUCAGCAGGGGAAGUUGAAUGAGGCUGAACAGGUCUUGGAUGAAAUGAAAGAAGCUGGCUUUUCCCCCAAUAUAGUUGCAUACAACACUAUGAUCACUGGGUAUGGAAAAGUGUCGAAUAUGGACUAUGCACAACGAUUGUUCCAGAACCUUAAAGAAGUUGGGGUGGUUCCUGAUGAAACAACGUAUAGGUCCAUGAUUGAAGGUUGGGGUCGGGCGUGCAAUUAUAUUGAGUCAAAAUUUUACUAUCUUGAACUCAAAAGGUUGGGUUUCAAACCUAACUCGUCAAACUUUUACACAAUGAUAAAUUUGCAGGCCAAGCAUGAAGAUGAAGAGGGUGCCAUCAGAACUAUAAAUGACAUUUUGAUGAUUGGUUGUCAGGAGUCCUCCAUCCUAGGUAUAGUUUUACAAGCAUACAAAAAGGUUGAUAGAUUCGAUAAAUUGCCUUUGAUUUUGAAAGGCUCUCUGUAUGACCAUGUUCUCAUAAGUCGAACAUCUUGCUCCAUUCUUGCAAUGGCUUAUGUAGAAAAUUGCUUGAUUGAUGAUGCACUAAAACUUCUAAGGGACAAGAAGUGGGAGGAUUCUAUAUUCGAGGACAACUUGUAUCAUCUGUUAAUAUGUUCAUGCAAAGAUUUAGGAAAUUUUGAGAAUGCUGUCAAAAUAUUUACUUGCUUGCCAAAAUCCAAUAACCCUAACUUACACAUUAUCUCAACAAUGAUUGACAUUUACAGUUCAAUGAGCUUAUUUUCUGAGGCUAAGAAUCUGUAUCUAGAGUUGAAGACUUCAGAUGUUAAAUUGGACAUGAUAGCCUUCAGCGUUAUUGUAAGAAUGUAUGUCAAAUCUGGGUCUUUAAUUGAGGCCUGCAGUAUUUUGGAAAUAAUGGAGAAACAGAAGGAUAUCAUACCAGAUGUUUAUCUUCUUCGUGAUAUGCUCCGCAUUUAUCAGAGGUGUUUCAUGCAUGAUAAAUUGUCGGAUCUUUACUACAGAAUUUUGAAAGAUGGAGUAAUCUGGGAUCAGGAAAUGUAUAAUUGUGUGAUCAAUUGUUGUGCCCGUGCAUUACCCGUGGAUGAACUUUCAAAGCUUUUUGAUGAGAUGCUUCAGCGUGGAUUUUCCCCAAACACUAUUACCUUCAAUGUGAUGCUCCAUGCGUAUGGAAAAUCCAGGCUAUUCAAGAAGGCAAGGAAAGUAUUUUGGAUGGCUAAGAAACGGGGACUCGUUGACGUUAUAUCUUACAACACUAUCAUAGCUGCAUAUGGGCAAGGCAAUUACUUAAAGAAUAUGUCUUCUGCUGUCAGAAAAAUGCAAUUUGAUGGUUUUUCGGUUUCUCUUGAAGCAUACAAUUGCAUGCUGGAUGCCUAUGGGAAAGAGGGCGAAAUGGAAAAGUUUAGAAGUGUCUUACAGAGAAUGAAGGAUUCUAGUUGUGCAUUUGAUCAUUACACUUACAAUAUCACAAUUAACAUUUAUGGAGAGCAAGGAUGGGUUGAAGAAGUUGCUGAUGUGCUAAAGGAAUUGAAAGAAUCUGGAAUUGGACCUGAUUUGUGUAGCUAUAAUACAUUAAUAAAGGCAUAUGGAAUUGCUGGAAUGGUUGAAGAUGCUGUGGCUUUGGUAAAGGAAAUGAGAGAAAAUGGAAUAGAACCUGAACGAAUAACCUAUAUUAAUCUGAUCGCUGCACUGAGAAAGAAUGAUAUGUUUCUAGAGGCAGUCAAGUGGUCCUUGUGGAUGAAGCAAAUGCGGCUUUGAAGCUUGAUCUUUCCUCUCUGCGUCCAUUAAGACCUUGAGCUGUAGCAUUUGGAGAAUCGAUACAACGGUAGAUGAUGCAUGUAUAAACUCUGUAUUUUCUACUUGUGCCUUGUUUGGUAGGUGAAGCAUUGGACAGUCUGAAGAACUAAAAGAAGUUGAAACCUUGUCUAUAGUAUUGUCCGAUCCUAUCUAAUAUCACCAUAGCAAACAUGCCCUUGGAGAUCAUUCUAAGCCAUCUUGAAGAGAAAAUAUGAAUAGUGACUUCUUUAAAUUUUGUUUUGCAGGACGUGGACACUAUUCUUUCAUACAUGCAAUAUGAAUAACUAAUGUCGACUAUAUGGGGUCUGAAGUGUUUACUAUCCUUAUGCAGCUUCAGGUAGGAGUAUUUCUUGUAUUGUUGAUUCCUUAUGUAUUGUAUCUAACUGUUGUAGAUUGCUUAAGUAAUUAUACGAUUUUCGUUUCCUUCAAUGUACUAUAAGAAACUACAAGGCA